UGAAUGCUUCUAUGCUUCUAUGCUUCUGGAGGAAUGGCCUACUACACCGCUGUGGCCUGUUCCAGUCCAGCUCUCUGGUUCCAUCUUGUAGUGUAGCUGCGUCUUUGUACGUCUCGUGCGUUAGCGGCUCCACCCUCUGAGAUCCCUGCGCCGCACGUCACGAGGCCCCGUCAGUGCCACAACUCCGUUCCUGCAGCCAUGAUGCAAGAAGGGCUGGACGAUGGUCCCGAUUUCCUCUCGGAAGAGGACAGAGGACCCAGGGCAGUCAAUGUGGACCUACAGACUGACGCAACACUACAAGUGGACAUUUCAGAUGCCCUGAGUGAGAGAGACAAGGUCAAGUUCACCGUUCACACCAAGAGCACUCUUCCCAGCUUUAAGCAGAACGAGUUUUCGGUGGUGCGACAGCAUGAGGAGUUCAUCUGGCUUCAUGACUCCUUUGUGGAGAAUGAGGAGUACGCCGGAUACAUUAUUCCCCCUGCCCCACCCAGACCUGACUUUGAUGCUUCGAGGGAGAAACUACAGAAAUUGGGGGAAGGGGAGGGCUCCAUGACCAAGGAGGAGUUCACCAAAAUGAAGCAGGAACUGGAAGCUGAAUACCUUGCCAUCUUCAAGAAGACUGUGGCAAUGCAUGAGGUCUUUCUGUGUCGUGUGGCAGCUCACCCCGUCCUCAGGAAGGACCUAAAUUUUCAUGUGUUCUUAGAGUACAACCAAGACUUGAGUGUGCGGGGUAAAAACAAGAAGGAGAAGCUGGAGGACUUCUUCAAGAAUGUGGUGAAAUCUGCUGAUGGUGUUCUGGUGGCAGGAGUGAAGGAUGUAGAUGAUUUCUUUGAACAUGAGAAGACAUUCCUUUUAGAAUACCAUAAUCGUGUCAAAGAUGCUUCUGCCAAAUCUGAUAGAAUGAUCAAGUCUCAUAAAAGUGCUGCAGAUGAUGUCAACAGAAUCGCCUCCACUCUGUACACGUUAGGGACGCAGGACUCGACCAAUGUUUGCAAAUUUUUCUUGAAAGUGUCUGAGCUGUUUGAAAAAACACGGAAAAUCGAGGCACGUGUGGCUGCAGACGAAGACCUGAAGCUCGCUGACUUGUUGAAGUAUUACCUCAGGGAGUCUCAAGCCGCAAAGGAUCUUCUGUACAGAAGGGGGAGGGCACUAGUGGAUUAUGAGAAUGCAAACAAAGCGCUGGACAAAGCCAGAGCCAAGAACAAAGAUGUCCUUCAAGCAGAGACCAGCCAGCAAGUUUGCUGUCAGAAGUUUGAGAAGAUUUCUGAAUCGGCAAAGCAAGAGCUCAUAGACUUUAAGACGAGACGGGUAGCAGCUUUCCGUAAGAACCUGGUGGAACUGGCAGAACUGGAACUCAAACAUGCCAAGGGUAAUCUACAGCUGUUGCAAAGCUGUCUUGGGGUCCUAAAGGGAGACACAUAAGGCUCUAGUUGACAGUCCACCAUAAAGGGCUUCCCACCCUCUGCUUUGGGUCUUGUGUUUUUGGGAACGUUGAAGAUGAGAGCCUUUUGAGGGUCUGUUGGCAGCACUCAGCAUCAGACACCUUUCGUCCCUUGACCACCCCUAAGAACAAGGAAGUCUGCCGUGGAAUGUCCACACAGCACAAAAAAUCUUCAUUUAAUCAUGUCAACUUUUAAUCAUUAACAGUUGUUGUUUUCCAUGGAAUCUGCACUGUAAAUAUCACGUCAUUUCUGUCCAUGUUUUCUUUUUGCUUGGUGUAACCUUUGAAGUCAAUAGUUUCAGUAAUCCUCUCUGUGAUACUGCUCAAUACUGCUGUUCCAGUUGAGCUGAUUGUUACUAUUAUUAAAGUGUAUUGUCACGAAAAGCCUUGUACAUGUUGUAUUAGUUUUUACUAUGCCACUA